UCAGGAAGCACAGUUGGGCAAAGGAAUACAAGACUACAGCAGGAAUACAGCAUUGAAGUUUGGACUAUUUUACCACGAGGUGGCGACAGAUACUUACUUUUUGUGGUAAAGAAUUCUGGUAAAGGAAUCUUUAGUUUAAAAACAAUUUAUUGAGACAUUAAUACAUCACAAAAGUAACCUCAUAAUUUAUUUUAGUUGAAGAGUAAUAAACGACAUUACAAGUAAAAUGCAAGCUAUUAGACAAUGCUCUGCUUGUGCUACUGGGGGACUUCUACAAAGUCGGACGGACUUCCUUUUGCUCCGGACCAAUAUGGCCGCGCUCAGAAGAAGCGUUGCAUGUCUCAAUUUCUUCAGGAGCACAGCAGCGAGUGUCCUCAACAGUAGGAAGCCCUCGCGCCAGAGGCUCGUGCGUUUCACAGAUGUUACCAGAACGAGCUUGGCCUGUUUGAGUGUUGGCAGUGGAUUGAGCGCUGUCCCCUUCAUACAGCAAGUGGAGAACCUCUCUCAUGAAUCCCUGAUCCGAAGAGCAUCCUCUAUGGUUACAGACAGUGCAAACACUUACCUCUCCCAGACCACUCAGGCUCUCGUAGACUCCAUCACACAGUAUGCCAAAGCUCUCCAUACCCUCAUCGCCCUGCAGAGGAGAUAUCUGGCUUCACUGGGAAAACGCUCCACUGCUGAGGAGGAUGCCAUUUGGCAAGUGAUCAUUGGCCAGCGUGUUGAAGUUGGUGACAGACUAGAUGAAUGCAACCGCUUUGAGUCAAACUGGAUUAAUGCCAUCAACCUGUGUGAAAUGGCAGCUGAGGCAGCGUACAACACAGGAGCUGAGCAUGCAUCCGUCACAGCCAAGACCAAUUUGCAGGUGGCCAAGGUUCAGGUGGAGGAGGUACGGCAGAUAUCUGUGGAUGCUGAGAGGAAGCUGGCUGAGACCCAGGCCGAGGAGAUCCAGAGGAUGGCAGAGUAUGCCUCCUUCAUAGAGAGUGGUGGUGAUGACGUGCAUGAGGCUUACCUCAGAGAGGACUAAGACUAAUCCUGAGAGUAAAACAAGUUUGACUAAUUUAUUGUGGUUUAAAUCCUCAACAAGUAGACAGUACACAGUCCACCAUUUGAGAAGUUCAGGAGUUUUGAGUCUUUGGGGUUGUUGUUUAUAUUAAAUUAUGAUGAUCAACAAAAAACAUGUAGAGAAUUUAGUGCUGAAUUGAAUAACACAAAUCUUAUUGAAUAACAUAAGUCAUUAUAUUUUAGAGGAUGUAAUGUCAUGCUUCCUUGUUUAUAAAGCUAAAAUUGUGAAUUACAUUUGACUUGAUUACAAUUUCAUGCACUUAUUUUAAUUUAAACUGUAACACUAAAGUAUAAUCUUUAUUUGAAUACAGCUUUGAAUGUCAACUUCAAGUCUUUAAACUGAAAAUAAUAAUUGACAAUUAGGGUGUCCUAAGUGAAUUGUAUGGACUAUGGUCAACAUAGCAGUACAGUACGGUUGCAUUUGUUUAUUUGUAUUUUAUGAUAUGUAAAUUAACUAACUUUAUAAUAAAAAGUAUAUUUUUCAUAUA